AUGAAUAAAGCGGAAGAUAAAGAUGAAAUGAAUACUUUGUUUGAAGAAACCGCAAAGUCACUAGAAAUCACCACAAUUUGUAAUGAAAGAGAAAGAGAGGCAGUAGGGAGGUUGGUUUGGGUGGAGCUUAAGGCUAGUGUUUCAUGGCUAAGAGAAGCUAGUGGUAAUGGCAGUUAUAUUGAUGAAAGGUUAAGUCUAUUGGUUAGGUGA